AGACACCGGGGAGGGAGCACGUACGCCUCUCUGCUCCGGCUUUGGCAACUUUGUUCUAGUACCUUGGUGACUUUCGUGUCUGGCGCUUACUCUUAGUGUUUUGGUGUCGCCUAUAAGAAUCUAGUGUUACCGUGACUGUCGUUUGAGUGCGCAAAGACGCGGUGAAACCCGCCCUUGCUGGAAAGUAUUAUUAAUAUUUUUAUUUAUUUUCUUGUCCUGGAUUUGGAACUUUAAUUCUUGAGACUAGAAGUGAACGAGUGUUUAUAAAUCCAUUUUGGGGGCCCGCUAAUAUAAGGAUGAUGUCUCUAGUCGGCUUAAGGGAUUAUUAGUGUACACCGCAGCUAGUGAUACCAUCAACAAUUCUGAACUACUGUAAGGUAGUUGGAGGAUGAGGAUGGCCGCUGUGGAGGUGGGCAAGACAACAGGCAGCCAUGAGUGUGGUGGCUGUGGCAAGAGAAUCAACGACCGCUACCUGCUCAAGGCUGUCGACCUGUACUGGCACGAGGACUGUCUCAAGUGUGGCUGCUGUGACUGUAGGCUGGGUGAGGUGGGAUCCACACUCUACAAAAAGGCUAACCUCCUCCUCUGUAAGCGCGACUAUCUCAGAUUGUUCGGGACGACGGGUCACUGUGCUGCGUGCAACAAAGUCAUACCAGCCUUCGAGAUGGUCAUGCGAGCGAAAACCAACGUUUACCACUUGGAGUGUUUCGCCUGCCAACAGUGUAACCACAGGUUCUGCGUCGGGGACCGGUUUUACCUGUGCGACAACAAGAUCCUGUGUGAAUACGACUACGAGGAGCGGAUGGUGUUCGCCAACAUGUCAUACUCAUCCGACUCUCUGGCCCACAUCAAGAGACAAGUUAGUGACCUCCAGCAGCCCCCGGAGGAAUCUGGCUUAGCUCAACGUGGCAACGCCUCUACCCAUGGCACAACCCUCCCCCAGCAACCCACUCAGCAACACCAAUUAGGCAUGAACGGCAUGAGUCUCGGUGGGGCGGCGGGAAACGGCCCGGGCACAUCGGGGAUGCUGCUACCAACGCCCCUGGCGGACCGUGGGGCCCUAGCGGAACACCAACUAGGAGGCGCCGAGGGUAUACUCAAAGCCCCCACUGCGCCCCAGCAACCCAGCUCCUCUAACCAGGCGGUGGCUGACGAUGCCUCAAGUGGCUACGGUAGUCCCGACUCUCUCACCAUGGAGGACCGAUGAGACGCGGCCGGGAGGGGGCGGAAACGGCGGCGGACAUGACCAUCACAGCCUCCAUCGCAGCAGCAACCGCAUGUACCGUCGCAGCUACAACCAUCACAAAUGCCCCAUACGUCAUCUCAGGCACCGCAGUUUCCAUUCCAAAUGCCACAAAUGCCGCCACCUCACAUGUCUCAACUGCCUUCAGCAAUGGCACAGUUGCCACCCAUGCAUCUACAACAGCGACGGGCGCAGGCAACGCUCCAGCACACCUUACACUCUCAAGCGUCGGAGAUGUUUCGGGGAGCGGCAGGGCAAUCACAUCCACAGUGGAGGCCCCCAUUCUGAUCAGCAGUAAUGAAAGCCGCGUCCACCAGUCGGCCAUGACUCCUGGAGCUGUAUCUGCACUGUUAACAAACACUGUUUUCAGUGAUGGCUAAAGCAGACCAGAGACGAUAAAACACGUCUGCAAAGUGUCUAGUCCAGCUGGAUCGAGACACUUUACUGGUGCCCGUAUGACGGUGUUACAGAUGACAAUGGUGGAGUGAUAAUGAUGUGUUGUCCUGACGAGAGCAAGUCAGAUAGCGACGGUAGCGAUGGACGCCAGCGAUGAGUAGAGUUCCCACCCCCCGCUAGUAGCCCCCUCCCCAGGUCGCUCACCUGCCCAGACUACAAAUAAACCCCAGCAACUAAAAUACCAAGUUAAAACUGAUCAGUAAUCAACAUUUUAUAAAGGUAGAACAAGAGAGUCCUACAGAGGACAAGGGCGUUGCUACCACGUUAAAUUCUCGCUAACAGAAGCAAAAGAACCUAUUAAUAAUUUUUUAACGCUCUGUUAUGUGAUAUGUAAAGCAUUAUUGUAAUGAGCGGUGAAAUCCUCAAAGAAGCAUGAUUAAUAUUAUUUGUAAAUAUAAUCUUAAGGUUAUUGUGUGAGGUUACGGACUCCCUUCUUUGAGUGUUCACAACAGAAAUGGACGCCCUCAGUUGUAUGUACAGUGACGGAAAACUUUCCUAUCUUGGUGUGCCAUAAAGACUACCUUUUAGUGGUUAACUUAGUUUUUCGUCCCUACGAGCCUGUAGGGUUGAUCAUAUUACAGUCUCGUGAACUGAAAAGCUGCACUAGUCAAAGUGAAGAGGCAGAACAAAGUGGAGGAACAAAAACAAUAAUAAUCACACCAGAAGUGCUCGCAAGGAAUACAUGUGUGUGUGUGUGUGUGUGUCCGCCACGAGCUGGAGAAGGGUAACGCUGGCCUACUAUGUGUGACGGCUCAAGUGUAUAUAACCUCGUCACUCGAACAGAAACAUGCUUGGGCAACCGCUUGUUUAUGUUCUCGCAUACGUAACCAGAGUAGUUCCGUAACCCAAACUCAAGACCAUACACGAUCAAGUAGCACCGGACAGGUUGACUGUAUAUAAUGUGCACAUUUGCUUUCACCAACCUGAUCUGGUUUCCCAUUUUUCUAUACACACCUAGUCGCAGCUCACACGAAUUUACACUGUGUUUCAACUUAGCUUUGCAAGAUUAACUACAUUUGGUCUUCGCCCAUCGCUCUACAAUUAAUAAAAUCCUACUCCUAAAUUUUGUCUGCGAAAAUGGGCGGAAUGUCCCUGGCAGCAGGAUGCAAAUACUUAAAACUGAAGGUCUGUCAGCAAAAUGUCGGUAGAGAUUCGUCUUUGCUUUCAUUUUGCAAGACACGCAAAGUCGUGCUUGGAGACUCUUCGCUUUGGAGACUUGCAGGCUGAUGGGCGGAGGACAAGUGACUGACAUCUCGAGGCUUAUGUUGACAUACAAGACAUGUGAUACUUGUGACAGCAGCAUACAAAUAUGUGAGUGAAUGAGAGAAGACAUUAUUCCAUAAAAAUGAUAGUCUUUUUAAAGAUACCGGAAGAUGGAGUUUAUUAUUUCUUUUGACUUAUCUAAUGUUAUGGAAUAGUGAUUGGUGGCGUUUGGACGGUAUCGUUAUGACUGUUUUCUCCUAUUCUUGUUGUUUAUUUACUGUAUGUACAAAGUUUAAAUGUUAUCAUCAAGGACAUUAAAUGAUUAUAAUAAUUAUCACAACUGUUUCCAUAAUUAUGUUUCAUUCUAUUUAGUUUUAGCAUUACACCAACAAUCUCGUAAUAUCCUUCGAUUUUUUUUUGUAUUCUGUCAUGGUUCACUGGUGUACGUCUCUUGAUGUUACCUACGGCCAGUUUGGGUGUCUGGCGUGUGAAACAGCGGCUGAGGCUCUGAGCCGAUGCACCGACACAAGCAAAUUUGUUAAUUCAUGUUAAUGUACACUCACGUAUCAUUUGUCCUCCAUUAUUACUUACCAAAACGAUAGUGUUAAGCGAGUUUCCGGCAGCAGAAUCUCAAAGCUGUGCAUUCCGACAAGUGAGCAGCGACCAGCGUUACGUUACACACAACAAUAGCUUGGCACGACUCCGAUGGGUUUCCAAUGCUGUUUCAAACGCGUCUGCACCCUUCCCCACCCACCCCCUCCAACCCGUACCCAGAAUAUGCCUGUCGCAUGAUCCGGUUUGCGUUAGUUUAAUCACUUGACGGACUUGUUUACUUAGUGCACACAUUAUUCAAUGACAUUAUAGAAAGUUAAUGCACCGGGAAAGUGUUUCAUGGGAUUCUUUUUUUUUUUAGAGAAGGAAUCAUGGUCCGUUGAUAGAGUAGAUGACGCAGUCUAGAUGGGUCCACAUCUUUUGGGAAACCUUUUAUUCUGCUGUAUGUGGAAAAAAAAGACCAAAUCAGGAGUUUAGGCACGGUAUGAAAAAUUGUAUUUAAAUGCAUCAAUAUGUUCGGUUCCUUACAGAGCGUUGUUAGUCAUACAUUUGAUCCCCAUUUUUUUUUUUGUUUUCUGGGACGGUUCCCAACCAGGCGAAAGCAUUGAGCAAUGAUUACAUUUGUUCACCCCAGUGCACUGUGAACAAACUCAACCAUGGUACAACUCUUAAAAGGAUAUUCGCGACAACAGUUAUAAAUAUCAUGCGAGAUUAUCUGAACUUGUCAUCCUCAAGUAUACGCUAAUUAUUCUUUAACACAGUUUGUGUGUGACGUUAUCAGCGUGCAUGUGGCUCUCCAGGGACAAGGUUCCCAGGGAAGCCUCUCCAGGGAAAAAGUUCCCCAAGGAAAAGGCUUUCAAAGGGAAAAGCCUCUCAAGGGAAGAUUACCCAAGGGAAAGACUCGCAGCCUUCCCUGGAGUCCACUUUGCAUGCCUCAUCUUCUGUUCAUAUUUAUUGAGAAUGUAUGUAGUGACGUCCAGUGCUAAGAUACAAGUCAGACUGGAAAAAACAAAACAAUUUGCGCAGUAAUAAGGUAGACCCAAAUAUUUCAACUAUUGGUAACAUGUUCAGGACUGUGGCGAGACAGUGGCUGGCAAGUAUCUUAGUACAGACUGUUUCCCAUCCCCCAUUCCCUUCAUAUCUUUGUUAAACUAUACAUGUGCUCAACAACCCUAACACUCGUUUCUCAGCAUUUUGCCCUGUUUUAUACAUAGAGAAUAGUAUUUUGAUAGACUGAUGAAGAUGGAAUUGCCUUUAAACGCUGACGAACGUCAAAAUUCCUUACAGUUGCAGGCUUUCGGUUCUGGUAUCUGAAGUUUACACACAUCUUUUAUGAUAUUCUGAUAUUGACAUGUAUUUGAGUUGUGAUAGAUUUGUGAUACUGUGUAUGUUCACUUAUUCAGUUAUAACCAUAGUAAGCAAUCUGGAACACUGUUCUUCUUGGUUAAUCUUGACUUUAAUCAACGUAACUUAAAAAUCAUUUAUGGACAGUUCUUUUAUUUUCUGUAAUGACUUAAAUAUGACAAAACCCAUUGAUAAUAAAAAUGGUAAUAAUUUUUAUUAUCAUUCGUUUUUUGAAGUGUGAUGAUCCUCAGAGUUUCAAAACGAUAAUGAGAAAGUAUGUUUUUUUAUUCUUCCUCAACUAGAUUUGGUCUUUAUAUUGUUUUAUAACAUUCCUUUUACCCUCCCCUUCCUCCCCAUUUUUUGGGUUCUUCAAAAUAUGAAAAAUUACCAAAACUCAAUAUAAAAGUUAAACCCAGCUGCGGUCUCCGGUUGACGAGUCAUUUUACGCACCAGCUGAACGGCCUGAACGAAUAUCAAAACCCAAGACCAUUUGAAAACAAUGUUAAUACCACCAUAGCUGCCAGCUGUGGCGGUCUAAAGUGUUAUCCUUCACCAAUUAUUAAUAACUGUAUGUACAGUUUUUGUUCUGUUUGUUUGGAGCUGACAAGUGUAGCAAAGUUACUGGAACAGGCCCAAGACCGUACUGACAGUCAACAAACAGUCCAAGUUGAUCACAGUCACUGUUGCAAAUCUUAACCACAGACUGUACCAAAACUUCUCGGUGGUGGAGUCUGCAGACCGUACCAAAACUUCUCGGUGGUGGAGUCUGCAGACCGUACCAAGACUAUCAUUGGUGGAGUCUCCAGACUGUACCAAGACUAUCAUUGGUGGAGUCUCCAGACUGUACCAAGACUAUCAUUGGUGGAGUCUCCAGACUGUACCAAGACUAUCAUUGGUGGAGUCUCCAGACUGUACCAAGACUAUCAUUGGUGGAGUCUCCAGACUGUACCAAGACUAUCAUUGGUGGAGUCUCCAGACUGUACCAAGACUAUCAUUGGUGGAGUCUCCAUUAUUAUUAUUAUUAUUAUCAAAAAGAAGCGCUAAACCACAAGGGCUAGUGGAGUCUCCAGACUGUACCAAGACUAUCAUUGGUGGAGUCUCCAGACUGUACCAAGACUAUCAUUGGUGGAGUCUCCAUUAUUAUUAUUAUUAUUAUUAUUAUUAUCAAAAAGAAGCGCUAAACCACAAGGGCUAGUGGAGUCUCCAGACUGUACCAAGACUAUCAUUGGUGGAGUCUGCAGACUGUACCGUGUUCAGUGAUGCAAGUUGCUGCCACUACAGUGAUAACAGGACACUGUAUAGAAGUGAAAUGUGCAGUCUGUACCAGGACAGUAUUUGGGAUGUGCGUAGUAAAAGUUAAAAGUAAAAUUAUAUUCGUUAAGCUGUACAAGACUGCACACUUAUAAAGAGAGUCGCAUCAUAUUAGAAAAGCUACAGUUGCUGGUAAAGUUAGUAAGGUAGCCAAGCCUCUAGUACAGGCCACAAGGGCUCUCUGGAUAACCCGUUACUGGUGUGGGUUCCAGUCUUACCAGUAAGACUGGCACACAUGAGCAGGCUGAAUCUGAAUAGCCACAGAUACUGGCGCAAGCUGAAGACUGUACCGGGAGAGCCACAGUCACUGGUACAGUGUGCAGAGUGUACCAGGAUGACCAGUCACCGGUGCAGGCCGCAGACUAGUCCCUUCUUCAUCCCUUCAUUCCCCCCCUUCCCUUCCCUUCCCUACUCUUGUUACCAAAGUUAUUGUCUAGAAUUGCACUUUUCUUAAAGUGAAUAUAUUUUGUACAAAGGAA